AGUCCGGCUCGCGACGCCGUCCCGACCGCCCGCCUCGCCGUAGCGCCGCUCCGCGCCGCGUCUUGUGCCGUGUGUGUGCUCUGUGCCGCGGUCAGCUGCGCUGAGGUGUCGUCGAGUGCGCGAGGCGCGGCCAGCCAUGCGCCAUGCUGGGCAGCGGACGUCCGCCCGUCGCCGCCGCGUCCGCCAGCAUCCACUCCCUGGUGCUGCUCGCCGUCGUGUUGGCCGCGCAGCCCGCCACCACAGGCUACUCGUGGGGCACGCCCAGUCGCGACUGGAGAACUCCGGAGCCGCACGGACUGCCCCCACCUAGCUUCGAACCCACGGACACCAGCAUCACGGCGCUCGCUGGGCAGACCGUGUACCUGCCGUGCAGAGUGGCGCACCUCGGUGACAAAGUGGUGUCGUGGAUCCGGUCGCGGGACCUGCACAUCCUGACGUCCGGCGUGCUGACGUACACGUCGGACUCUCGGUUCGAGGUGCUGCACGGCUCCGACCCGGAGUCGUGGACGCUGCGCCUCGUGGGCGUCCGCCACGAGGACGGCGGCCGCUACGAGUGCCAGGUCAACACCGACCCCAAGCUCAGCCUGCCCGUGCACCUGCACGUCAGAGAACCAAAUCAAAAUCAAGGCGAUUCUCCGUAUUCAUCAGACACUGGAUGGACGUGGAAGCCGGGUACGCACACAGGCGCGGCGGAGUCCCGCAUCCUGGGUCCCACGGAGCAGGUGGUUCGCGAGGGCAGCACGGUGACCUUCACCUGCGAGGCGGCCGCCCUCUCCACGUCUUCUCCGGGCGCCGCGCCGCUCCACUGGCUGCACGAAGGCCGGCUCAUCAGUCUCCAGGCGCAGCGCGGCGGCUUCAGCCUGGAGACGGAGCGCGGCCCGACGCAGGUGACGAGCCGGCUGACGGUGGCCGGCGUCACCGAGGCGGACAGCGGCCGCUACACGUGUCGCCCGCCUGGAGCGCGGCCCGCCACCGUCUCCCUCACCGUCAUGCGGGGUGAGCACACAGAAGCGAUGCAGGGCGCCGGGUCUACGUCAUUCGCUGUCCGGAUAUGGGGGCAGCCGGGGACUGCGCUUCUCGGCGUCGCCGUUUUCUGCUGGUGGCGCUCCUGGGUGUCAGCCACAGCCUCCUGAGACGUCGAAGUCUGCACCGACGUCCCGCUGAGUCGGCCUGAUACCUACAGUGACUUGGAGAGGAUGCUCGGCGCUAAGACUGACUCACUGUGAAAGACACUGCUGGUGGAAUAUUUUUGCCAGCUAGCCAACACUGACUUCACCGUCUAUGACAGAUCUCUUUCAUGUCUUUUACUUGACUUCUCGCGUGUGACAUGACUGAAACACUAGCAUCCCAUUUCGUUUCUAUGUUUCUUAACUGUCCCACAGAACGUUGAUAACAAUCAUUUGUAACAGUGCAAAAAAGUUGACUUUCAACCAGUGAUUCACCUGUUACAGAAAUUGUUCCUAGCUUUAAGUGCAGACAAGAUUUGCAUACUGACAGUUAAAAAUGCAUUAAGAAGUAAAAUAGUGUGAGAACAUGCAUUUCAUCCUUUUCGGAAAUACUCUGCAUUGUGGUGAUUGUUUCGCAACUUACAUCUGUGUGAACAUAUGAAACUAAGGCUCAAAUGUUGGUUGUUGAGUAAGUGUCUGUCAGCACGUUAACGAGAAAAAAGUGAAGGAAUAAAUUCGAUCAUGUCAAAUUAACUUGCCAAGAUAACCUUGUGCGUCUAAACAACAUUGAUAAGGUGCUAAGGUGACUGUGGUAUGUGGCGGAAUCAAAGCGUCUUGAUGAUAUACAUGCUUCCCUCUUUUUAUUCACUAUUGAAAGACAUUAUGUACCAUGCAUUUUACAACUGUUUUGGGACGUUUGUACAAGUAAAUUCCUAGAAAAUUGUGUCAGUGGCGGAAUAUUUAUGCUGUUAGGCAACACUGACUUCCCUAUCUAUUGGCAGACUUCUUUCGCGUUAUUUACUUGCAUUGGAACUUGAUACUACCUACACCUCGCAGUUCAUUACAGUCUUUAUUAACCAUUGCACAGUAUGUUGAUAACAGUGGUCUGUAAUUUUUAGUGCAAAACUGAAUUGUAAUUCUAGAAUUUGGGGAAAAUGACAUACUACAUUGAGAUUAAGAGACCGAUUACAUUCUUUUAUCUUUUAUAGCUUUUUAUGAAACAAUCACAUCAUGUAACUGGAGAAUCAGAUGUAAAUAUAAAGUAUGUCGCCUGAAAUAUUCCUUUUACGAAUGAAGGCACAUACCAGUAGACAAAGAGAUGAUUUCACAGCUCCUAAAAAACCUCGAGGUCUACCUACCGCUGCCUUCAGGGUUGCAGACAACGCAAUGGAAACGCUUGUAACAUGUGCCUUCAGAUGUGAUUUUUUUCUUUCUUAUCAUUACGUAAAUAGCGACAUGACUAUUAGAGUAGAUGCACUAAACAGCUGCUUAUAAUAAGUAAUCUUCAUUUAGGACAGACCCUUUCGGCUUUUUGCCAUAUUCAAGUACGUCUGAAUUGAUGUGAUGCCCAUAUUAUGUCGUUAGUGGACUGUCAUAACUGUCAGUGUUUGAGUAAGAUGGUAAAUGAUGUCAGUAUAUUGAAAAUAAAAUGUCAAUUACGAUGUGACAGUAGUUUGACAGUUCCAAUAUUACGACGCUAUGUUUUCAACAUACUGACGCCAUUUAGCAUCUUAUUCAAACAGUGACAAUAAUAAGACAGUCCACUAACAACAUAAGUGGACGCCAGAUCAGUGUUGAAGUACUUGAAAAUGCCGAUAAAACCGAAACAGCCUGUCGUAAAUAAAGAUUAUUUAUUACAAGCACCUGUUUGGUACAUCUACUCUAAUAAACAUGUCAUUAUCACACCUACAUUACGCUGCUGUCCCAAAAGAAGAAAAAUUAAGUGGAUAGUUACUUCGCAGAUUUUUCAGAUUGUAUAAUCGUUUUUUUUCUGUUACCUCUUUUUAUCUAUUGACAGACUAUUGAUGACUACAGGUUGGUGGAAACCUAUUGAAAGAAAGUAAUCAUGCAACUUCGUCAUUAAAAUAUAAAAAUAAAAAAACAUAAUUAUAUAAUGAGCAGUCAAGGACUUGCUACAAAAAUAGUUCCUAGCAUUUAUUUUAGAUACAGUCUGCGUAGUGGCAGUGCAGAAGGCGUGACGAAAAGGACACUUGUUUUAUAAAGUGUACACUAAACCUACCUUGUACAAGUCACAGUUCAUGGACCACUAUUUUUUUUGGAACAAAACGAGCUCUCCGCUACUGAGAAGGUAACAGAUAGUACUUACGGCAGCAUUCAGAAUCUGCAACAAAUUUACAGACUCACAUCAAUUCGUAUCAACUGCAGUAUCUUUAAGCGAUGCUCUCUGUUAAUGGUAGGCUGGUGAUUUGGAAAGAGCCCAACAAAUAAGUACGAAGACUGUGCAGAAUGUUUUGCUAUUUGGAGUGUUUAAAAUUCUAAUUAGAAUGUUGUCUUUCUAAAUGAGUUUCGCUUCCAAAAUGUUUACUUCGUGGUUUAUCAAUGUUCCAGUUUCCUGAUAUUUAAGGCAUUUUCUCAAAAUCAUUACCACAAUAUGAGUAGCAUUAUUAUACGAGUACAUAAACGCACUGCAUUCAGCUAUGAGAGUAAUUCCAAUUAGCAGAUGCUCUAGUUCACAAUCCUAGGCGUUUUAAUUAUUUUGGAAAUACGCAAUUGCUUGCCAAAGUCAUAUUCUAAAAAUAUUCAGUUCCGCUUACAGAUAAGCAAUUUAAGUAACAUACCAGGUUCGGUCAAUAAGUAAUGCUACACUGUUCUUUUCAUGAAAGCAGGUUGGUUUUAUUCAGGAUUCCAGUACACCAUACUAUUCCCCACUCAUUUGGCUACGAAAUCCUAUUUUUCAACAUACUCUCCGUUAAGUGCGACGGUCUUACCCUACAUCAUUGGGAGGUCCUAUAUGCCCGCGUGUUACCACUUUGUGGUCUUAUAUUAGGCGACUAGAACUCAUCGGAUAUACAGGUAUGAGUACCGCAAAUGGAGGAUAAGAGUGUCAGCACUACCAACAGACACGGCCAGUUCAGCAACGAUGAUUGUGAUUCGUCGAUCACCUCGAAUGAGAGUGUCAGCACUUUCCAACAUUGCAGGAGUCACAGCUGUGUGCGGUCGGAGGUCAGACGGCAGAUUGUAGAGCUAUGCGCCACCUUGUUCCCAGGUGUAACUAGAUAUUCUGCAAGCGCCUAUCAAUAUCUCCGAUGCUCUAGUUUUCCGACAAAAGAAACUCAUAGACCGCACUCAGCUUGGAACGCACAUACUUUACAGACGCCAUUUUGAUGGCUGAAUAUAGCGCUGUCAUCUGUCGGAUCUUCUUGAAACUAUACGAGCUGAAGCAGGAAUAUUCCCCGAUUCCACAAUAAAUUCCGCAUUGUUUUCAACCGAAAUUGUCAGAAAUAAAACGUAGCAUUACUUAUUGAACGGGCCUCGUAGUUUUUUGAGCUGUAGUGUGAUACACUAGCGUUUAAACACAACACUAGUGAGAACUGAAGUAGAUUCCUUAUGAAAUGAAGAGUAUUUCUCUAUCAAAAAUCAGAAACUGUUUUGAGAAUUUUGUUUAGCAGAACGAGAAGAACUGUUGAGUCAUUGUGUAACGUUUACUGUUUUUUCAGACUUCCUCACGAUGUAACUUCGCAUAUGUAACUAAGGCAUAACUGCAGAUUGUUGUGAAGCAGUUUGUUAGCACAAUAAAAGAAAAUGCUAAGUGGAGAAGGGAGAUGAUAUUAAAAAGAAUGAAAGAAGACUUUCUAUUAUAUAAAAUAAACAUUUCAACUUGAUCUGUUGGCAUCCAAAUAUUCCGCCCUAGGCGCAACUGUGACAGGGAUAUUUCAUAUUACCUACGCAUCUUCGAGGUGAACUUUUCUCUCUCUCUUCUGUUUUCCUGUAAAAGACAUUGUCUACCUUCUCUAAGUUACAGUUUUGCUGAGAUGUGUGUGUACCUUUAUACGAGCAAAUUUCUAGAAAGUUGUAUUUUGUAUGACUGUAUUUUCAUAUCUGUAACACAAAUGACCAGUACAAUAAACAACGUUAAUAAGUUU